CUGAAAAUGGAGUAAGUUUCUUAAAAGAUUGGUACUUUUUGCUUCACUUCUUUGAUACUAAAUAUUUAGCUGCUUUAUUUGGAUCAUUGAUGAAGUAAUCUUUCGUGCUUACCAUUAAACAUCAAAUUUUAUUUGUUUAUUAAAAGCCUGGAUAGUUUAUACAAAUUAUUCGAAAAGAUAGAAUGAAAAUAUUACGAAAGUAUUAGUUAGCUUCUGUGCCUGGGUAGGCUUUUAAGUGCUUCAAAUUAGAAUAGAGUUAUUCACUUUGUUAUUCAUUUUUUACUGAUGUAGAAUCUAUAGGCAAUAAGGCUCAUUUUAUUUCAAAGCCUCAACUCUAAAGCUAAAUCCUGCAUUUGAAAUAUGUAUCCUCCAGGCUUAAAUUCAAAUAUUCUGUUAGCAACUCUUUAGGCCUCAUAUAUGCUCUACAAGUCUCCUCCCUAUCUUAAGAGAAGAGGGCUUAUUAAUAAUUCUAGAUUUUCCUUCCUCUAAGACUUUAGUAGAUGCCACCAGUGUUUUUAAAUAUGCAUUCUUUGCAUUGUGAUAAUCUGGGAUACCUUUGACAUUAAAAUUAUCUAGGCUCUUAAAACUUUAGUUCAAUAAAGGGGGUCGAACACAAGUUCAUACUCAAUUUCUUCAAAUUUUUAGAGUUCCCAGGUUGCUUUUAUUUGUUUAUUCUAUUUUAUGCCAUAUCUGAGUAUUAGAUAUGUCCCUCUUGGGAUAAUUGCCCAAGAUUUUUAAGUAGCUGAGAAUCAGGUGUAGCGAGUAACCUGAUAAAUUCAUCCAAUGGGUUCUCAAUCUUGGCUCUUCAUUAGUAAAGGUAUAAGAAGGUGAUUUUAUUUAUCAAUGGGACUAAUCAAUGUUCCUUAUAAAGAGGAAAUAAUACAGAAAUGCUUGUAGCGACAAUUAAUUAAUCUUUGUUUUUGUAAGGGAUCCAGCAAUCAUGGUGCGGUAUAUGAACCUUAUCUCAUAAGAAUACCAAUUAGAGUCCUUUUGCUUUAUUCAAAAUCGUCAUUGCUCUGAACUGUGAAUAAAUGAUACAUCCAAAUGAGAUUCUCAUCUUUCAAAUUUUCAGCUUUAUUUAUGAGUAAGGAUAUUAUUAGAAGCUUAUUCAGAUACGAGGUAUAAUAGUCAGAUUAGGAAUAAAGCACUUUAACAUGAUGUAUUCUAAAUUUUUGAUAUUCCGAAGCAUCAUUUUUUAGCAUAAAUAAAAUAUAUCAAUAGUUACCAUUUUUGUCAGAAUUUGUUAGGUACUUUCUGAAAUCUUGCUGAAUCUAGCUCAGUUUAUUAAAAAAUAAAUUUUUUACUUUUAGAGUAUCUUAAACUAUGUGAGAGGAAGAAUUAAUUGUAAACUUUUGUAUUUGAGAAAUAAUUUCUAAACCUUGACAGUAGAACUAGUUAUUUCUACUUUCUUUCGUUCACAACAAUAUUGCAGUUUAGAAUUAAUAUUGAAAUGUUUAACAAAACUACAGCAGAACAUCUCAGUUACAGUUGGAAGACAAAAAUAUGAGUGUCAGGGUCGAUAAAUCCACCAAAUCAAGCUUUGAAAGAGCAAUGUAUCAUUCAUUGCUAACGCAAUACGAGCUAUUGGCUUGGAGUCACCAUAAUGAUUUGGCAACUGAAAUAGUAGAUCCAAAAAUGAACAGAAUAAACGUGUGGAACAUUGAUAAAAAUAGGAAAUCUCUUGUAAAGUUCAUUAAGCACUCAUUCCCAAAAAGUGUAAAUGUGCUUUAUUUUAAAGGCUUUGAUACUGCUCCUCUCUGAAACAUCUCUUUUUAUUUAACUCCUCUUGCAAAGGUUAGCCACAGGAUUCAGAACAAAAUAGGGUUUAGCAACUUUUAGGAAAAAGGGAGAUCGGAUAUUUUAAUAUUUUUGAGUUUUAAAGUACUUAAAAUACUAAUCUCAGUUUAUUUGAUUGUUGCAAAUGAAUAAGUUUUAAGAGAAUAUGCAGAGAAAUAUGAUUUUGAUGUGCCAAUUCUAAUUUUAUUAAAAUUAUAAAAUGUUUAGGAUUUCUACUAAAUUUUUAAUUUUGAUAAAUUGAACAGCUAAAUAAAAAUUUAACUUUUGAGUUAACCAAAAACAGUUGCAGAAAUUGAUGAAUUGUUGUGAGCAUGUCCCCUAUGUGUCAUUAUACAACUGUUUGCUUUUAAUUUCUUCCAUUCCUGCCUUUGUGCUUUCGAAGAGUAAAAUUGAGACCUUCAAACUGACCAGCUGAGGUUCUUGGGGUAGAAGUGACUGGGCCACUAAUUUUGAAGACUUUGCUGAUCU